CCCACGGAAUUAGUCAGCUCCUCUGAAGGCAGACACCCAUUAUCAAGCUCUCACAGCCACCUGCUCUCCAGCAAUGCCUCCAGACUUUGACACCAACAUGAGGUUCAAGUUCUCGAUCCUGGCACUUCUUCUUGAAGCGAUCAUCAUUGUUUUGUUUGGGAUAUUUGUGGAUUAUGACACAGCUCCUCUUCAUGAACAUUUAUACCCAUACUUUCAGGAUGUCCAUGUGAUGAUAUUUGUUGGAUUUGGUUUCCUGAUGACCUUUCUGAAGAAAUAUGGAUUCAGUAGUGUUGGUUUCAACAUGCUCAUUGCUGCCUUUGGUCUCCAGUGGGGAAUUUUGAUGCAAGGAUUUUGGCACAUGAAUGAAGGGAAGAUUAUUGUUGACAUCAAAAGCAUGAUAAAUGCAGACUUCAGUACAGCAACUGCUUUGAUUUCAUUUGGAGCACUCCUGGGGAAAACAAGUCCCAUUCAGAUGCUGAUCCUGACACUUCUGGAGAUCACCAUCUUUGCAUGCAAUGAACAUCUAGUUACUGAAGUAUUAGAGGCCACAGAUGUUGGAGCUUCGAUGACUAUCCAUGCUUUUGGAGCUUAUUUUGGUCUGGCUGCAGCUUUCAUCUUGUACCGUCCUGGUCUGACAAGAAAACAUGAAAAUGAUGAAUCCACCUAUCAUUCAGACAUGUUUGCCAUGAUUGGUACCCUGUUCCUUUGGCUUUUUUGGCCCAGUUUCAACUCUGCCAUUGCAACUGGCGUGAAAGCCCGGACAACAGCCAUUAUCAACACUUACUACUCCUUGGCUGCCUGUACCAUCGUAACAUUUGCCCUCUCCAGCUUGGUGGAUAAAAGAGGCAAAUUCAGUAUGGUUCUCGUUCAAAAUGCCACCCUGGCAGGAGGAGUAGCAGUGGGUACCUGUGCUGACCUGGAAAUCCACCCUUUUUCUGCCAUGUUCAUUGGGGUCAUUGCUGGAAUUGUAUCUGUCCUUGGAUUCCAGUUCCUGACUCCUGUGUUGGCAUCCAAGCUGAAAAUUCAGGACACUUGUGGAGUUCAUAAUUUACAUGGUUUACCUGGAAUUCUGGGAGGUAUUGCUGGCAUCAUAGUAACUGCGGCAAAAAGGGAAAUUAGGAAUGGUCACUUGCUUACUCCUAGCAUGCAGGCUGCUGCCCUGGGCAGUACACUUGGAAUUGCACUGGUGGGAGGAGCACUGACAGGUGCUAUUCUAAAGCUGCCCUUCUUGGGACAAGUAUCUGACCAGAACUGCUUUGAUGACUCUGUUUAUUGGGAGGUUCCAGAGGAGGAGACAGUACCCGAAAUUCACUCCAGCCACCAUGACGAGCAGAGCAGACUUGAAGUUGCCAUGUAGAAAAAUAGUUAAUCUGCAAUAUUUGUCCUAAUGAUGCUCUUUCAUGUUUCUAAUGCUAAGAAACAAUGAAAAAACACCCAAGUAUUGUCCCAACCACACCAGGUUUUUAAGAUAGGGCUAUAGAUAGUUAUAUUUUUGUAAGAGAAAACAAGCUUGAUUUUAAACUGCUAAGUCAUUAUGCCAAGCUCAGGUGAAUAAAUUAGGUCCUUCUAAUAUAUUUGUUCAUCAGAAAAAGACACCCCAAACUGCUCUUUGAAAUUAUAUAUAUUUUAUCUUUUGUUGUCACUGACAACAAUAUAGUUGUUGUAAUAAACUUUGGAUUUCAAGGUUAUUACAGGAUAAUAUACUUCAUUGCAAGAUUUCUGAGUUACAUCCUUCAGCUGUAUAGGGGUAAUCAAGAAGAAAUGAAUUGAUAUUUCUUAUUUGGACUUGAACAAACUUUUCACCAGAGCAUCCCAGAUUAACUUUUUUAGAAAGCGUGUUGUCUUGUUCUCUGACAGAGGAGAAAAUGUGCUGGAUUUUGAAGUCUGAUUAUAACAGGAAGCAAAAUGUUGAAAUAAUUCUCAUGGAAAAGCACAAAAUACAGUGACUGAUAAGGCAAUAUGAGAGGCAAUAUGAGUAUCAAGACUCAUUGUUAACAUGUUUAUUGAAAGGGAGAAGAAAGUGAAAUUGUAAAAAAACUUCAUUAUUGCUAUAGAUCUAUUUAUUUAUUCUCAUAGAUUCAGUUAGUUUCAAGGACACAAUAAGGGAACUGAGUAGGAGCUAUGAAAACCAGGUGAUUGCAUAAUAGGUCUUAUUCUAUUCAACAGUAAUAAGUGGAUUGCAGCAGUGUUAAUGUCAAUAAAUAGAACCUGAACUAAAACCAACUCCAGAAAAACACAGAUUGUUUGGAACUGAUUGGAAAGAAACUACAUUCAACCUACAAAAGACUCGGCAGAGAGCUUCCAUGGGGUGAGUCACUGACUCUGAAGUUACUGUCUCCUAGAAGAAAUGAAAGCAGAAGGAAGAAAAUUGUAGCUAAAGUAAAUUAACUCUACCUAAGAAGUGAUGUCAGUGGCUGCUCCGUUCAGAGACAAAAAUUGAAGUAGCUGAAGGAACUCCAUGAGGUGCCUUCAUGCAUGGGAUAUUCCACUGAGAGACAAUGGAUGGAAAGUGGAAAUCAAACGGAACAUGGAGCCUCAAUCCAUCAUUCACAGAAAAGCUACUGCUGAUGUCAGACCAAAGUGGGUGAACUUUCAAGAUUUUUUCUAUUUUAGGAUCUUAUUUCAAGCCUUACUUAUCAGACUUAAGGGGGAAACUCCUCUCAUAUAAAAUAGCACAUAUUUUCAGUUCUGCUGCAGUAUUUUUCCUUGAAAAUCUUUAGAAAGAUACUAGGCAGGGAUGUCCCAUAUGUUAUACCCACUGUAUACUGCUACAUAUGUCAGACUUCUAUCCAUGAAUAAAAAUACAUUUGUUGUAUCACACUUUAGUUCAGAUAAGCUCUUUUGCAGAUGUGCAAUGACUGACUCUCUUCUACCUUGUUGGCUGUAAGACGUCCUUUAUCCUCUCAAAGCUUUCACACAUUCAUUUUUCUAAAAACUGAGGAGACAUUUAACAAUGUAAAUAUCACAUUUGUAAAGAUUUUAGAAGUAUUUUGUGCAUGAUUUACAAAGUGUUGAAGUACUUGAAAAAGAUUCCAUCUGUGGACAGCCUGUAAAAAUCUUAUCCUCAAUACAUGAAUUUCACCCCUCAAAUUCCUACUUGGAGAUUCAGGCAGUCUUUCAUUCACCUUGAAUGGGUGAGGUAAUUUCACUAGUUUUGCAUGCUGACCACAGAGGAAUACUUGAGUGAGGAAGUACAACUCACUGUCAGUAAAUCUUUCAGAAUCGUAGAAUCCUUAAGGUUGGAAAAUACUCCCAAAAUCAUCAAGUCCGACCUUGGAUGGAUUAUCAUCAUGGCCAGUAAACCACAUUGAGAAGUGCUGUGUCUACUCACUUCUUGAACACUUCCAGGGAUGGUGACUCCCCUGCUUCCCUGGGGGAAUUAUUCCAAUGUUUAACCACUCUUCCAGUGAAGAAUUUUUUCCUAACAUCCAACCUGAACCUUCCCUGGUGAAUGAUAACUUCAAUAAUUACAUUUAGAGUUGUUUUUUUUUUUUAAUCAAAAAGGGAAAAAAUGAACUAUACAGUUUUUUUCUCCAGUUCUGCUUAUAAUCUUUCCAUAGUAAGUCAUACCCUCAUCCUCCAAGUACCCAUUAUUGGCUUCUUUUUUAGCAGAUUCCUCCCCCAGAGAAAUCAGUCCCUUAGGUUCACUCAAAAUACAGAGUAGGGAGAUGAAUACUUUUGUUUAAUCAGAGCUUUACAUGUUACUUUCUUUUCCAUGCGACUGUGCCCUUGAAGUGUACAAUUUCUUUUUCCAAAAGUAUUUUACCCUAAUUGCUCACCUCCACAUUGCAAAUGCCAGUGGCAUUUGGUUCGCUGGCUUAGGGUAUUGUCUCUGGUUGGUUAUCUCCCAAUUAAUCAAAGUUUUGAAUACCUUGAAUCAGCAGAGCUUCACUAGUAAUUAGUUACAACUUCUGUGUAAUAUAUGACUGGACACUUAAAAGACUUAAGCUUAAAAUAUUUUACUAAGUCUUUUGUUCCAUGAGGAAGCCUUACACUGGCAGGAAAGGAAAGAAAGGAGUUAAGCAAGACACAGAGGGGAGGAUGAGCUUAGAGGAUGGGACUGAAAAGUAAACAAAAGUUAAAGUACAACUAUUCUAAAUUUGAGGUUCAAGAUCAUCAGCAUUUUUUUUCUGUCUCAUAAAAGACUGGAAAUGUUUUAUCCCUUCCAAUAAUUGCUCAACACUGUUUCUGUCUUACCUUUGUUCUCACUUUGACUUGUUUCUACAUUAAAAAAGCUUAAAUAAGGUAUUGUGGUUUGUUGGGGUUUAUUUAAAUGGAUAAAAACUUUAAUGAUAUCUUCUUUAACUAACCAAAGGUCAAGCUUACUGUCAGCCCUUUUCAGAACACCAGCGGGUGACCAUAGCUUUGAAGGUUUUCUUACAGUUCUUCAGUCCUACCUCUGUCAGAGCAGUAUCUUUGUAUUUCAUUACUGAAAAGAAAAUUUAUUUGAAAGCCAUUGGCUCAAUAUUUGCUUACAAAAUUCCUUCUAACAUUUGUGUUCAAAUCUGCUACUGAAUAAAUGCAUAAAUUGAAUGACCAAAUGAC